AUGCACUGGAAUUUCCUUCCCAGAACCCUCCUGUUCUAUCUCUUCACCGUCGGCAUUCCUCUUAUUGCUGGACAAGGGACAUUAACACUCGGCUCACUUGUUUCGUUCACAUCCCAGACUCUCAAUGUCAACAGCAAUAAUACAUUCUCCUUGCCUAAUGGGUCCAAUUUGACGAUAUCGGUUUCGAUAUGCUCGUUUACGGCGAGGUUUUUCAUCACGAACAACAGCGAUAGCACUACCAUAAACAUGCCAGUAACGGAUGGAGUGGGUGUUUUUUCAGGAAGAUUGGAACAAGGUGGUGUAUUGAGUGUUGAGAGUGAAGGUGGAAGUGGGACAGUACAGCUCGGGCUCUCUGAGAAAGGUCCCCUUCAAGAACAUCUCGCGAAUUUCCCGGUUCUUGGCGACACUACAUCCAAUCAAGCCCUCCUUUUCUCGCCUCCGUAUGCGCCACAACCGAGUAGCGAGCCGACAUAUCCCAACUAUACCCUUCCAGUAUUGACACCUGCGACAGCGCCCAGCUCUACGCCCAAUUUCACGCUGGUGUUAUUACCGAGCUCUGUAAAAACUCAAUUGGGAUGUGUCUUACAGAACUCUACAACUACAGUGACAGGUUCUCAAGGAAAUGUGGUCAACCGGACGCAAUGGCUUAGAGACGCUCGGGAGGGUUGGAGAGAGCAGUUACUUGUUGACGGGCUAUUGCCACAAACUAACUAUAGCGCAUUCUUCAUCCAAGAUGGAAAGAAGAUUAGUGGUCCAGCGUAUUUCGUCACAAAAUCUAGUGCCUUCUCGUGUCCUUUAGCUGCUUCUUUACCGUUCUGCCCAGGGGUCUCAUAUGCCGUACCCCUUCCACCUCCACCUGCACCAUCUACCACAUACGAUGCAUCCAAUAUACCGCAAAAUGUUUCUGACGGUGUGACCGAGCACAUGGCUAACUUCACUAUAAGUCUAACCACAUUCGCAUGUGGGAGGGACUUUUACAGCCCUAUCAAGACCUGUUCGGAUUGCCAAAGGGAAUAUCGCAAGUGGCUUUGUACGAUUGCGUUUCCCAGAUGCGGGGAAGCUGGCCCCUCUUCAACAUCCUCGACCUCAUCGGCAUCGACGUCUCAAAAACGAAGGCAUCAUCUUUUUGCUCGCUUGGCUGAUACUCUCUCAUUGGCAAAACGAAAAGAUCCCCCUCCCCCCGCUGUUUCAGCACUUGCACCUGUACCAGAUACCGCAACCUCUCGCAGCCCCUUUUUUGCACCCUUCAAUGCCUCGUAUAAUGUCCUGUUACCGUGCAUCGAAACGUGUCAAGCCACCGAUCGGGCAUGCCCUUACUCCCUGGGAUUCAAAUGUCCGCCGACGAGCCGAUUUAUUGAUAUUGCAAAACAGAGUUAUGGGGUUGGAAUCGUGGAUGGAACAGGCCACAAUCAAGAGAGGCUGGGGUUCGCGGGGACGAGCGUGGAUACAUGGGGAAAUAUUUGGUGUAAUGGCGGAUGA